GAGAAUUCCUAAUAACUUCCCGCCAACCCUUUACCGCGAAAUUGCUCUGUAUCCUUACAAAUGGUCAAAUACUAAUACUCCGCCGAAUUCAUUUUCCGAAGCCUCUCUCUCUCUCUCUGCGACUGCUGCAGCUUCAGAAGUCGGCCACCUCAGAUAGAAGACGGAACAUUUAUUGAUUUUUCCUGCAAUAAUGGAGCUGAGUAGUUGCAAUGUUAAGCAUUUUAUCCAAACUAUUAGGGGAGGGUUGGUGAUAAAAGUUUGUAAUACCAAUUCCAAUGGAAGGCCCGUGACUCGAACCAAGACUUUAAAGGAUGUAUAUGACAUUGAAGAUGCUAAAAGACUACAGAAGCCUCCUUCAGGUUUUCUGUUUGGUAAGAAACAAGUGAUACACAGAAGUUCAUGUUUUACAGUGGCUGCUAGGACAGUACAUAAAAUAAAAUCUGAACCUAGUGAUAGUGAUCCCAGUGCUGAUGGGGAUUCAGAGUCAGACUGUGAUGUGGGUGACGCUAUGACAUUAUCACAGCUCAAGAACCGGUUAUCGACAAAGAGAAAGAAGUUUGUUUCCACUGACGAGAAAGCCGUGGAAGAUGAAUCUGAUCUUAAUGAGCCGCUUAUCAAUUUGAAAUCAAAGCAUUCAAAGGCCUCACGAGCUAAAAGAAGAUGCCUGAAUCCAAGUGCUGUGUCUUCUGCAACCGUUAAAGUAGCUAUCAGAUCUGAAGAGAAUUUGGUUUCUGAAGCCUCAGAGCAAGCUGAUGGUGAAUUAGCUCCACUUAUUCAUGUCAAGGUUGGGGUUCAAGAUGCUGAGCAAAUAGGAAGCCACAAUGGAAUGCCUUUGGCUCCAUCUACUGGCCAUAAUGAGGUGGUCAAUCCUGCUCAGAUGACAGUUCUACCUGAACAUGACAGAGAACCACUAUCAUAUGUCCACAGAUAUGAAGAGUGUCUUACUAAUGAGAUGUGCUAUGAUCAUUUGGAGGAUGUUGAACCUAUUUCCAUUCUUACCCCUCAGGAUGAAGGUAACAUCAGAUUGGAAACUAAGGAAUCUGAAUGUAAGGAGCCGCUGGGUUCUGCACUAGAAGAAAUUACGAAGCCAAAAGAGAAUCCAGAUUCAUGUAUUGUAUCUUGUCAUUCUAGUAGUUCUUUGAUUGUUGAAGAUAUGCCUGAUGAAUGUGGUUCUAGCUGCAGGGUUCUUGAUAUGGCAAUUGAUGGUUGCAGCACACCUCCUUGGGGAUCUAAUACGGUCUUAUUUGACAGUAAAGCUGAGGCACAUAUUCUCUUUGAGCUAAGCAACUCUCAGAGUAGCCCUGGCAAGAACUUUGGCUCCAGCCCAGGUUCCAUUACCACCUCAAGUACUAGGCAUGAUCCCAUCUCCAUGAAAGAUACUAUUACUGAUGUGGAAAAACUUUCAACAUCUGCCUCUGAUACCACGAUGAGGGAUGACUUCAAUUCUGAAGGUCAAUCUGAAGAUGAGUCAUUGAAUCCUCUGGACAAGCAGAAAUCAGAAUUUCCAUUGACUUGUACCGAAAAUGAGUGUUCUUUAGAUUACAGAACUUGUGAUGAUGCUGAAACCAUUUUAAAACCAGAGCAACACCAACUUCCUCAAAGACUCUCUUCCUCCCGCAAGGCUUUGUCUCCGUCUUCUCAAGAGCGAUUGUGUUUGGCGAUGAAUCCAAAUUCUGUUGGAAUCGCUAAUGAUGCAGAUCAAAGUAUUGAUUAUAAAUGUGAGGAGAAGCUCUUUGAAAACGAGACUGGAAAGAAGUCUUCAUCUCUAAGAUCAGAGGUACAGGAUGACGAAAAAACUGUGAAUCACAGAUUGCCUGGACAGGUUAGCCAGCGGAAAUUCGUCAUAUCUCCCAGACGCAUCAGCAAGAGAUCACAGAUAGCCAAAGGCAACCUUGAAGGCCCUCGUUUCUCACGCGCUUUACCUAAUCUCAGUACUGGGUGUACCUCUGUUCAAGGAUGCUCUGAAAGUGCUGUUGCAUUCUCACAGCGACAGAUGCAAGACAUGGAGUCUGUUGCACUAAAACUGAUGAAUGAGUUGAAGUCCAUGAAGGACAUUGUGGAACAAAAAUUGCUUUUUGAAGCAUACCGCAAUGCUUCCUUAAAAAAUGAUGCAGAUGAGAUAAAAUCAGCCAUAAAGAAUGCUAUUAAAGCUGAAGAAACGGCUAAAAAGUGGAUGUCUAUGAUGACCAGAGACUGCAACCGGUUCUCUAAAAUAAUGAAAAUGAUGCCGGACAUCACACCUUCUUCAAAAGAUAGUUCCCCAAAGGGGGAGAGGAAGAUCACGUUUGCUGAUGAAGCUGGUGGGAAGCUAUGUCAUGUCAAAUUUUUUGAUGACAGCCCUGCCUCUCCAUCUUCUAGUGCUGUGGAACAGUAAGGACAUCUAAUGCAUUCCGGUACGCUUAUGCUUCACAUGUUCAGAUAAGAGUUCAUCCAUUCUCGGUUAGAGACAGAAAGAGAUUUGCUGCUUGUGUAUUCCUGAGUAUGCUUGCUAAUCAUACUGAAGGUCAGUCAUAUUCAUGACACCCAUUUUUCUUAUUCAAAUUCUGUUGUAGCUGACAUACAUUUUACCAUGGUAAAUAUGGGAGAAAUGGUCAUGAAUCCGAACGGGUUGGCCCAAUCGACAUCCCUAAUUAUAGCCUUAGGAAAUUUUAUUGUAUUGUACAAUCGGCCUUUUAUGAUCGUGUAUUUCCAAUAGUUGAAAUAGAAGAUAUACUAAAACUCUUUAGAUA